AUGCAUUGCAAACUUGCUUUAAGGUGUUUUUUCAUAUCCACCAUUAAUUUCUCGUUUUGGACUUCGUCGGAGCACAAGUUUGAAGUACUAUACGAUGGCAAGAAAUACACUGGCUUCCUCUCAUGCUGUGCCUUGGUGAAAAAGUCGCUUGAUAUGGGCAUUCCACUGACCGAUCCUCGCUACAUUUUGGACAUUGACUUCGAUCGUUUUCGUGCCUGCUUCACUAAUGACGAGGGCGACGUCAUCCCAAUGGUCGACGAGCGCUGGCAGAAUUUGAGACAAGUAUCGUCCAUUCUUUGUGAGAAAUUCAAUGGCACGUUUUAUGAGUGUUUGCAACAAAGCGACAACAGCGCCCAGAAUCUGCUAAAACUUGUUGUCGAGAAUUUUCCUUGCUACCGCGACUGGGCCACCUACGAAGAUACUGCUGGUACGAGAUAUCCAGCUGUUGUGUAUAAAUAUAUAUCGCUUUUAGUCGCGUUUCUGAAGCGCGCUCAGAUACUGAUCGGCGAUAUCUACAACCUUCUAAAGGGUGAACCGCCAGCGGCAUUCGGCGAUAUCGAUACGCUGACAACUUUCGCUGACUACCGUGUGCCGCAGGUGCUUGUCUACUUCGGGGCACUGCAGUACUCUGAUGAACUACAGCGACUUUUAAACGAAGGUACGAAGUGGGUUCUUCAGCUUCCUUGCAGUCCUUUGCUAAUUUUUGUUAUCUUUAAUCUUGUGUAUCUUGACAUUAAGCAAGGACUAUGUUCUUUAGGUCACGUUUUUUCAAGCGGCGACGUAGAAGAAGUAGAAAUUCGUGGAUGUACCGUAUUCGCGGUUGACUUAGUGGUCGAUGAAGUGAAAAGAAUGCUAGCCGAGGUGAACUUGACGUUAUUGCGAGUGUAUGUGAUAUUUAUAUUUAGGUGGUGUUUGAAGAUGUUUAAGAAGUUCAGCGACAAAGAAAACAUUACUUCGGUUCAGCAACUGAAGUCAUCUGUUCAGAAGGAUGUUCGAAGGAAGGUGUUGGCAUUGUAUCCGCUGAUAGAACCGUACUUGGACCAGAUUCUGCCAAAGAAGGAAAACCUGCGAAUUUUAAAGUGCCACGAACACGUCGAAAUCCUAGUCGGUCCCCACGGCGACCUGUUGUUUUUCAAAUCCAGGGACGGUCCUUUCAUGCCUACCUUACGUCUACUGCACCAGUACCCGUUCCUGUUGCCGUGGCAGCAGGUGGACAAGGGUGCAAUCAGAUUCGUGCUCAGCGGUGCCCAGAUCAUGUGCCCGGGCCUCACGUCGCCCGGCGCUAAGAUGACCGACGGCCUUGCCCGCGAUCAGGUGGUCGCCGUUAUGGCCGAGUGUAAGCAGCACGCAAUGGCCAUCGGUCUAAUGAAGUUGUCCACGGAAGAAAUCAGGCAGACGAACAAAGGCGUUGGCAUCGACAACAUUCACUACAUCAACGACGGUCUGUGGCAGAUGAAACCUGUCAAGUAG